AUGGGUCUUGAUUGUUAUAAUAUGUAUAGCAAUCGUGUUAAUAGAUGUACCGCUGUUACUCCUGAGCCCAAUUGUGUGGUAUGUACAGAUGUUCCAAAAUGUCCUAGUUGUCCGUCGGGUUCGACUUGCGUUCUUACCGUGAGGACAUGUAAUCAAUGCCCGCAAGCAUUUUGCAAUAGUACAAUAAGUACACCUAGUCCCAAUGAGGAUAAUGGAAACAGUAAAAUAAUACCGGGUGUAAUUUGUGGUAUACUUGGUUUAAUUGUUUUGGUGGCUGCUGGAUACUUCUUGUACAAACGAAAAUAUCAAAGUAAAGGUAUUAAAUUAGAUAAUAAUGAAGAAGUCAGUUCAAUGUAUGCAGAAAAUGUUAUUCCAAUUGCAUAUAUACCACCAACUACACCUCAAGAUGCUCAUAAUAGAAUGCGCUCAUCAGUAGUCAGCGCGGGAACUACACCACUAAGUAGUCCAAUACCUAAAAAUUCAACUUUUGAAACAUUAAUUGAUUUUGUAGAAGAUGAUGAUCCGAUUUCAGAAGUUGGUACAAUUUUACAGGCGACUAAAACCGCACCAACAACAACAGUAAUAACGGCAACACGUGCUAAACCUGCAAUUGUUCAAUUAAAUAUUAUUAAAUCAAACGGAAAUAGUUCAGAACCUCCAAAGAGUGCUUCACAGUCAACUUAUAGUGGAACUAGUAAUCCUAAUACACCAAAAACAGUCAACUCUUUCUUAAGUACACCUUCAACAGCGUCUUCACCAGGUAGUCCGACUAAAUCUGGAACAGACACUGGAUCGAAUAGUAUACUGCCCACUAUUGAUAUAGAAAGGCCGUCAACAGAGUCAUCUCGGCCACAAAUUCAAGAAAUAUCACAACAACAAAAUCUUAGUUCACCACAACAAGAUCAAAUAGAAGGGCGACAAUCAUUUGGACUAUUCGGUAGUGACGAGGUAUAUGGUAAAGAACCUAAAACACCUGAAUUACAGAGAGAAAGUGUGAUGUCAACUAAUUGUGGAACAAAUGAAGAGCUAUUCGCAAAUUAUAUUUUGCCAUUAUGUGACAAUUGCAGCAAGUUUUUACAAUUUAAAUUAAACGUUGAUAUAUUUUUUUGA